UUUGACCCCAAGUAACUAUCUCAAACAAAAAUGGAUUCCAAAGACGACGAGAUCGUCAGUGCUCCUUUAGAAGAGAACGAUCAAAGACCACCCGAGAGUGAAAUACAAACUGCAGAUGUUCCUCAAGCACCAGCUCCUAUCAACAUACCAGCAGUUCCUAAACCGAAGCCUAAGAAAGCACCAGAACUACCCAUAUUUGAAAGAAGAAACUGGUUAAUUCAUCUCCACUAUGUAAGGAAGGAAUUUGAUGUUUGUAAAUCUAUCAUAAAAGAUCAGCUUGCAGAGAGUGGGGGCAUGUGUGAAUAUGCAGUCUACACUCAAGCCUUAGUUCUGAGACAAGAAGGGAGAAUCCAGGAGUCGUUGGAGCUGUUCCAGACUUGUACUUUGUUGAAUCCACAGAGCGCUGACAACCUGAAACAGGUGGCUCGGUCACUAUUUCUACUUGCUAGACACAAAGCUGCCAUAGAGUUGUAUAAUGAAGCCACCAAGCUUAGUGAAAGAGACUGGGAAAUAGCUCAUAAUCAAGGAGUAUGUUACAUGUACCUCAGAGAAUACAAGAUGGCAAAAGAUUGCCUGAGUCAGGCUCUGUCUUUUAAGCGACAUGAGAUCUCCUAUGUGAUGCUUGGAAAGAUUCACUUAAUGGAGGGCAACAUAGAGGCAGCCAUUGAAAUCUAUAAACAAGCUGUGGAGUAUUCUCCUGAAAACCCAGAUAUGCUGACUACCUUGGGCCUAUUGUAUAUGCAGGUUGGUCAGUACCAGAGAGCAUUUGAAAACCUUGGAAAUGCCAUGACCUAUGACCCUUCGCAUGUCAAGGCCAUCAUGUCUGCCGGGAGCAUGAUGCAGACUCAUGGAGACUUUGAUGUGGCCCUGAACAAGUACAGAAUAGCUGCUGUGGCAACCCCUGAGAGCCCGCCACUAUGGAACAACAUUGGAAUGGCUUUCUUUGGCAAGAAGAAAUAUGUUGCUGCAAUCAGCUGUCUGAAGCGAGCUAACUACUUGGCCCCUUUUGACUGGAAGAUUUUGUACAACCUGGGAUUAGUGCAUCUGACCAUGCAGCAGUAUGCAUCAGCCUUCCAUUUCCUCAGUGCUGCCAUUAACCUCCGUCCCAAGAUGGCCCAGUUAUUCUCUCUACUCGCUGUUGCUUUAACCCAUCUGGAGGACACAGAGAAUGCAAGGAAGGCAUAUGAACAGGCUGUUAGUCUAGAACAGAAAGAUCCAUCAAUGAGUCUCAACUUUGCGAUAUUUUUGCACAACAAUGGGGAUAAAAGUGCUGCUCUUAAACAAUAUAAGGAAUUUGAAACCAGAUACAAGAUACAGAGGGCAUCCAAUCCUAAUGCAGGAGAUCAAGAGAUGCAAGAGGCAGCUCAGAAGCUAGGAACUAUUUUACAAGUGGGAGAAAAUCUGGUAUGGAAUGAGGGUGGUCAGAAAGCAGUCUCACCACCAGGAAACCAAGAUUCUGACCGACCCACAACCACCAGCAGUGUCAGUGUUCCUCCCCCGUCCACACCUGUGGGGCGUGAACCGAUAGCCACACCCAUCAUCCCACCCUACGAUCCUUACGAUGAUGAUAAGGGACCCAGUCGCAUGGGGGAUACCCCUCUCCCUCCUCCCCGAGGACUUACCACAAUGAAAACUGAAUUUGAAUUUAGAUCCCAGAACAGUGACUUGGACGGCCUCCCAGCUCCCCCGGAAGGACCUCCGUCCUACGAUGAUGCAAUGAGUUCAGGGCAUGGCAAAGAGGAGGAGGCAGAAGAGGAUUUUGUUCAUCCUCCGCCUACAUGACUACCUGUAAAUGAGUGCAACAUGGAUCUGUGAUUUUGAAUUUUUGUGCAAAGGGAGAUCACUCUAUCAUUCUUAUUUCAUUUCUAUGUUAUAUAAUUGUUGGUGGUUUUUUUACCCUCUUCCAAAUGACUGAAGGAGAACUUGAAAUUUAUAGAUAUUCUAAGCAUAAUUUUUUUUAUUGAUUAAUUCCAUUUAUUUGCACAUUUUUUGUUUCAACUUUUGCUCAAACUUUGACGAAAAAAAUUAAUCAUUCUAUCUUUGGAUCCAAAAUUUAACCACUGAGUACCGAUACAUCAAGCAAACAUAUUUUUAAAAGAAAUCCUUUGGGGAAUUACUUUCGAUUUUCUUUAUGAACACUAUUUGUCUAGUGCUUUUUUUUUUCCUUAUUUGAAUCAUUCUAAAAUAAACAUUCUGUAGGGAAAUUCAUUGUUUUGUGGGAUCUUUACUUUUGAUUAAUUAUCUAGAGAGAUAGAUUGUAACUGUGUAAAAGGAACAUCUCAACUGGUUUUUAUAUUUAUCAUAGUAUUGGUAUUUACACAGUGAAUGUGUAUGUACCAGUCGUGUUUGUAAUAUUGUUGAAUAUCUGUUAUGAUUCUCUCUCCUAAUUUAUUUAUUAUUUGUUGUACAUAUUGUGUGUCCUUUUCACAGUAAAUUCAAACAUGCUA